CAUUUUGGAUCCGCGGGGGUAUCUUUGAUGGAACCGGUACACCUGCUUAACCGGCCGGUUUAUAGUUUUGUAUCCAUUUGUGAUUUGCGGGUUUCUGUUGCCACCUCCCCACUCUCCUCGCUUUUGUUGGUCUUGGAAAAACCCUGGGAUUUUGGGUAUCUCUGAGCACGAAUUCUACAUUCUCAUGGCUUUCGAACACAGAAAUGAAGACCUAAAUUCCUUGGAUUCGGAAGAAGAUCUGGAGAAAAUGGAGUCAGAGGUGGAGCAAAUGUCGCGCAAGGUUUCCGAGUACAGGAAAAGCCUACCGAGUAAUCUGAGCAAUUCUGUGAUUUCUUCUCGUAGAUCCAAUUUUCCCAACAUCGAUUCUUUGGGCUUUCGCACAACUAGCACAGCUCUAGUGUCAAGAGAUGGAGCACAUAUAGGUGGAAUCGAACAAGAAUCUCGAGAUAGCCUGAUUCAGCUCAAAGAAAGAGUGUACGAGAACAUUGCCACAGUGCCUCUAGUUGUAGAGAGAAUGCGAGAGAGUAAAGAGAGAAUCGACAAGUCCAUUUCUUUCAAUGGAACUACUAUGCACCCGGCUUUCACAAGGCGGAAAGCUAGCUAACUGAUCAGUUUCUACUUCUCCCUAUUGGCUUUACCACUCAAAGAAAGCUAAUGCAUAGGAGGAGAUAUGGCUGGUCUUUCUCUGAUUUUAAUAUGGACUCUUAUAGAAUCUUGGGCUGAUUCUACACCCUGUAUGUAUAUGUAAGAAUCACAUAAUCAGAUGGUUGCACAAUUGUCAAGAACACCCAAAUCCAAGCUUGCGAUUUAGCAAUCUCACCCGUGUAAGAAACUUAAAACCAUAAAACCAAUUGAUAUAAGAGCUUUUCUAGCAAAAACUUAAA